AUGGCUUCCUCACUGAUGAAGUGUUUACCUCGCAAUUUUCUCAGAAUCGUUCAUGUAAAUGAAGUUUCCUCUGUGAAGUUGCAUACAAAGCCAAUGCGAUUUCCAACUGUCUCGUACAACGAAAUGACCAAACCCGAAGGGUCUUGGAAAGUUAAAAUAGAUCAGAUGAAUGCAGAAUACAACAGAUAUAUGUAUGCCGGUCUAGCUACGUUAUGCGUCUCACUUGCAAUCGCUUAUUAUUCACUCGACAUAUUCAAGUACAAGGAGCCCCCCCACAGGAAUACACCAGAGGGUUUGGCAUUCUUGCAUCCAGACCCAGAAGUUCUGGCAGACAUUCAAGGCAGCUAA